UUUACCCUGCCCUCUGACCCUAGGGCCCAACCCAAGGAGGCACUCAGGGUUAGGAGGUCUGGGCGAGAAGCAAGUAGGGACCUCAUCACUUCGCCGCCGAAUCUCCGGCGCCGCCCAGCGGGGCAGAGCCAGGCCAGGGCCGCCCGCCCAACCUGGCCAGCUGCCUCUUCGGCCAUGGAAGCUGCCGGCAACCCUGCGGCUACGGAGACAGGCAAGUAUAUCGCCUCAACACAGCGACCUGACGGGACCUGGCGCAAGCAGCGGAGGGUGAAAGAAGGAUAUGUGCCCCAGGAGGAGGUCCCAGUAUAUGAAAACAAGUAUGUGAAGUUUUUCAAGAGUAAACCAGAAUUGCCCCCAGGGUUAAGCCCUGAGGCCACUGCUCCUGUCACCCCAUCCAGGCCUGAAGGUGGUGAACCAGGCCUCUCCAAGACAGCCAAACGCAACCUGAAGCGAAAGGAGAAGAGGCGGCAGCAGCAAGAGAAAGGAGAGGCAGAGGCCUUGAGCAGGACUCUUGAUAAGGUGUCCCUGGAAGAGACAGCCCAACCCCCCAAUGCUCCACAGGGCUCCCGGGCAGCCCCCACAGCUGCAUCUGACCAGCCUGACUCAGUUGCCACCACUGAGAAAGCCAAGAAGAUAAAGAACCUAAAGAAGAAGCUCCGGCAGGUGGAAGAGCUGCAGCAGCGGAUCCAGGCUGGGGAAGUCAGCCAGCCCAGCAAAGAGCAGCUGGAAAAGCUAGCAAGGAGGAGGGCGCUAGAAGAGGAGUUAGAGGACUUGGAGUUAGGCCUCUGAGGCCUUUGGGGAAUCGGGAAUGGACCGCAGAACAAACCAUGGGGCUCUCUGGGGUCCGGGGGAAUAUGGGCAACAGCAGUCAAGAGGGGUACCCCUAUACUGGCUUACUUCCACCUCUUGCGGCCCAGCUCUGUCCUCCAGAGCCUAGCAUUUCCCUCAAUCCUUCCCUUUUCUUCCCAACUUCUACUUUUUGGACUUUCCCCCUCCCAUUCCCAGUGUUCAAAAUCUCAGUGACUGCCCCAGGUACCUUUGCUGCUGAUUUGGGUGUCUUGUUUUAAAAGAAAAUCAGGUGGGUGGGAAUCUCUUGGAGAACUGGGGCUGAGGGUAGAGGGAGUAUACCCAAGUCUUGGAGUCUUGGUUCCUGUUCGCGGUGUUUAUGGGUUAUUUCCCUCUCCAUCCCUCAUCUUUUUUUUUUUUUUUUUUUUUUUAAAAAAAAAAAAAAAAGCAAAAAUGAGAAUAAACACAAGUAGACCUGUC